AUGCAGCUUCGCAAGUGGUUAUCAGCCGUGUUGGCAGCCUCCCUCGUCGGCAAGGGAAGGGUGUCCGCUCUGGAUCUUGAUAUCGAAGAUGAAGCCUCCAUUAAAAAUGCCGCUAGCACAGUGGCACGCAAGAUGAUGAGCGAAUACCACGGCAACGAACCGGGCCAAGUCCCAGGACUGAUCCCCGACUCGUGGUGGGAAGGCGGCGUUAUGUUCAUGACUCUCAUCCAAUACUGGUACUGGACGGGAGAUACAACAUACAACGACAUCACGAGGGAGGGCAUGCUCCACCAGCAGGGCCAAAACGACUUCUUCCCUAACAACUACAGCCAUUUUCUCGGCAACGACGACCAGAUGUUCUGGGGUCUUGCCGCCAUGACUGCUGCGGAGCUGAACUUUCCUGAAGAAGAGGGUCAACCGUCGUGGGUUUCUCUCGCACAAGGGGUUUUCAACACCCAGAUUCCGAGGUGGGAUGAGACGGCUUGUGGGGGUGGGAUGCGCUGGCAGAUUUGGCCGUUCGAGGGCGGGUAUACUAUGAAGAAUGCCAUUUCGAAUGGUGGCUUGUUCCAGCUUGCUGCGCGGUUGGGUAGGUAUACCGACAAUGAAACUUAUGCCUCAUGGGCGGAGAAGCUCUGGGACUGGAGCAUCACCACGCCGCUGCUUAAGUCGGAUGAUUGGACGAUUGCUGAUUCGACAACUAUGGAGCAUGACUGUAAGGACCAUGGUGACCAGCAGUGGACGUAUAAUUAUGGCGCCUAUAUUGGAGGCGCUGCAUACAUGUACAAUGUGACCAACGGCGGCCAGAAAUGGAAAGCCGGAAUCGACGGUUUGCUCGCAACGACGUGGAAGACAUUUUUUGCCAAAGAGGCCAUGUCCGAGAUUUGGUGCGAGCAGACCAUGACCUGUGAUCGCAACGAAGAUAUGUUCAAGGGCUUCCUCUCAUCCUGGCUGACGUCUACGGCCAUCAUUGCCCCCUAUACCGCUAGCGAAAUUGUCCCCCGAAUCCAACGGUCUGCACUAGGAGCGGCGCAACAGUGCCUUAAUGGCCAAAGCUGCGGACGCCGGUGGCAUCAAGAAGAGUGGGAUGGCAGCGCAACGAUGCAGUCCGACAUGAGCGCCCUAAGCGUCUUUUCGUCGGCCAUGGCAGUCUUCAAAACGGACGCGAAGCCAUUGACCCUUGCCACUGGGGCUACCAGCAAGAGCAACCCCGAAGCUGGUAGGAAAGAGGACGCGCUACCGUUCAAGCCGCGUCCUGUCACGACUGGUGACCGUGUUGGUGCUGUAAUUGCGACUGUUCUGUUCGUUGCCUUGUGGAUGGCGGGACUUAUCUGGUUGAUUGACCCGAAUGAGUGCAUCCGAAGUUGUUUUGCCGCGGAGUCUGGUGCUAAUGUAUAG